GGUGCAUGUGCGUUCUAUUUUAACAAGGCCAAAAACUCCCUUUUUUUUACUUUCCACUUCUUCUUUCCUCUUUAUCUUUCUUUUUCUCGUUUUUCUCUUACCUUCCUUACAUUUUUUCUUGUUUUCUUUUUUACCUUUUCCUUUCCUUUUAUACUGCAAACUAAACAGAAGUCCAAAAAAUGGCAACCCACGUCAAUCCUUCAAGAAAACAAUCGCAACCCGAAAGCUUACGGCAAGCUUUUCAAAACUUGUCUACCAACAAUAGCCUGAAGCGCCAGAAAUCCGAUUUUCAGCUUGCAUCAUCGUCAGCAGCAGCAGCAUCAGCGAAAUCAUCGUCUUCUUCCAUUAGACCGUCCCCUUUGAAACGAUGCAACAACUAUCUGACAGUCCAUUCACCUCCCCCACCUCUGGCAUUGAAACCAUCCCAGAGUUCACCUACGGCCACAUCACCCGGACUCAAUAAGUCGUAUAAAGCAAGCCCGCUUGCUAGCCCUAGAACACCGACAUCACCGUUACUGUCGCCGCAGGAACAGCCGUAUUCGCCAUAUUACGAUUCUGGAUUUAAUGCAUCGUCAUCAAGCAUUGCAUCCAGCAUCUGUUCAUCCGAAUCUUCACCGAGACAUGGUGGCGGCGGCACGCCAACGACUACGAUGACGACGAGUAGCAGCAUUAGCGUGGAGGAUGAUGAAGAAGAAGACGAUGAGGAAGAUGGAUUGUCCAUGCCGUCCACUCCGCCACCACCUGCGUCGCCCUGUCCCUGGGUGAAGCAGGAAGAAGAAAAGCGAUUUAAUAAUGAAGAAGUUGCUGAUGAUGAUGAUGAUGAUGAUGAGCGGAGUCCCAAUACCAAUAACAGCAAUACCGAGCAGCAGCAGCGCAGAGACGCAUAUGGAUUCAAACAACCCACGCAGUGGGUCAGGCUCGCCGAUCAACUUCAAUUCGAAGCAGAUUAUCAACCUAUCCGCGAUAGACAGAACGCCAAGUGGAAAUCUUAUCUUGCAGAACAUCAAGGCGAAUUCCCACCUGUCAGUUCAAAACUCAAGCGCUAUGUCCGUAAAGGAAUUCCACACGAUAUUCGUGGAAAGGCUUGGAUGCAUUAUAGCGGAGCCAAGGACAAAAUGGAAGCAAACGCCGGUUUGUACGACUCGCUUGUCAAAACUGCCGAAGCGAUGGGAGAACACAACGAAUACGCGGAGAUCAUUAAUCGAGAUUUACAUCGAACGUUCCCUGACAAUGAGCAAUUUGCAUGCGCCGUCACUGCCGAGGAUGGCUCUGUCACUAUGGUUCCCGAGUCCAACCCUAAACUGCGUGCCUUGCGACGCAUAUUACUUGCAUUCAGUGUCUAUGCUCCGAACAUUGGCUACUGCCAGUCGCUCAAUUACUUGGCCGGAUUCUUCUUGCUCUUUGUCGAUGACGGCGAAGAAGCUGCGUUCUGGAUGCUCAUUACCACCGUCCAUGACUAUUUUCCAGAGAAUAUGUACGAUGUUACUAUGGAAGGCGCGCAUAUCGACCAGACUGUUCUGAUGAUGAUGGUAUAUGAACGCUUACCCGGUGUUUGGAACAAAAUUGGCAAUGGUAAAUGUUUUUGGGAAUGUGUCGAGUCAGAAGGCUUGCCUUCCAUUACCCUGGUAACCAGUCAUUGGUUCCUGACACUGUUUAUCAAUAUACUUCCUGUUGAGACUGUUUUACGUGUCUGGGAUUCUUUAUACAUUGAGGGCAGCAAGGUUCUGUUCCGAGUUGCAUUGACGAUUAUCAAGAUGAAUGAAAAGCGAAUCUGGGCGCUGGACGACCCAAUCGAAAUAUUCCCUGUUCUUCAAAACAUGCCACGACGUUUGGUCGACUGUCACCGGUUUAUGGAAUUAGUAUUUUCACGAUCAGGCGUAGGCGCCGAUAUCUCUACCUCUGAAAUCGAUCGUCGUCGUGUCUUGUUUAGAGAUCGUCGUAAACAGCAACGCGCAGCAGCAGCAGCACAAGCGGCUCAAGCAGCAGUAGCUGUCAGCAAUCACAAUACCCCCAGCAACAAUACUACCACUGCAUCUUCAUCAUCACCUCUUACUACCACGACGACCUCCUCAUCGGGAUCAUCACCGACAUCUGCAUUGAGCUUCAGGUUCUUUCGGCGAUAGAUCCAUCAAACGAUAAAAGGGUCUACAAGCAUUUUGAAAAGAAAAAAAGCUGUAAAUAUGAGUCAGCAUUACAAUUACACAUAUAUACCAUCAAUAUCAUCAUCAAUCGCUGGACGACGAGUAUAGUAUAGUAUAUACUAUGUAUGUAAAAAGAAAACAGGUUCGAUAAAACAAUAAAAAAUAUUUAUAU